AUGAUUAGGAAACUGCAAAUAGAUUGCGGGCCGUAUGUAAAAAGUAUUGUCAGGGAAGAAACUUAUACUCAAGAGCAAUUACGGACAGAAAUAAAAAAGAUGUUGGAGGAAAAUCGGGUACUGUUCCAGAAGGGGCUGGGCCGUUGUACGACAACGAAAGUUUCGUUGAAAUUCAAGCAGGGAAUGGAGAAGCCAAAAUUUUGCCGCGUACGACCGGUCCCAAUAGCGCUGAGACCUAAAGUAGAAGCAAAGCUUCAGGAGUUGGUGGAGAAUGGUACCUUAACAAGGGUGGAACACGCGGAAUGGGCCACCCCUUUAGUAGUUGUGCCGAAACCAGGAGGGAAGAUAAGGCUAUGUGGGGACUAUAAGGUGACGGUUAAUCCACAGUUGGAUAUUAACCAAUACCCAUUGCCUAAACCAGAUGACUUGACUCCGUUGCAUCCGUGGGAGGUGCCAGCUAAAGUAUGGCAGAGAUUGCACAUGGAUUUUGCCGAAACCACGGAUGGGAUAAGGUGGCUGAUUGUGGUAGACGCGAAAUCAAAGUGGCCUGAAGUAGUGCAAAUGAGAUCCACGACGGUAGAGAAAACUUUGGAAAAGUUGAAAGAUGUUUUUAGCACGCACGGGUUACCCGAACAAAUAGUGGUGGACAAUGGGCCACAAUUCAUAGCUAAGGAGUUUAAAGAGUAUUGUAUGAGGAGGAAUAUUGAAUUGAUAUUCAUCCCACCUUAUCAUCACAAUUCUAAUGGUGAAGCAGAGCGCUUUGUACAGACCUUUAAGAGGGGUUAUGAGAAAGGGAGGAAAGGCGGUAAAGCCGUAAAGGCGAUAGUUCGAGAUUUGUUAUUUGAAUAUCGAGUUACGGAACACCCAACGACAGGAAAGGCCCCGGCAGAAUUGUUAAUGGGGCGAUCGUUGAGAACAACCUUAGAUCUGCUUAAGACGCCAAGGAACUUCGAGGUGACUCCCUAUAUGCAGAACAUGAAAGAACAGUAUGAUAAGAAAGUAAGAGUUAGACAGUUUGAGGUAGGCCAGCAGGUGUACCUGCGUAGUUAUCAAAGCCGGCAUGAGAAAUGGGUUCCAGGAGUCAUACUGGAAACCGUGGGCUCGAACACGUACAGGGUGCAUUAUGGAACAGGUAGUAGGUUGGCUCAUGCUGACCAAUUGAAGAAAAGAGUUACCUUUUGGGAGGAUGACGGCUCACAGGAGAGCAUAGCUAGGCCGAAGGACGGCCAGACGACAACGGGAUUGGCCCACGAGAAAGCAGGGGCCCAGGAACAGCCAUCGCGGGUGAGGAGAUCAACCCGUAAGAGGAAGAUAACAGAGAAAAUGAAGGAAUAUUUAGAAAGGAAGCGACUGAAAACGGAUAAGCCUGUAGUAAACAUUGAUAGGGUGGAAGUGAAAGAUCAAAUGAGAAGUAAGGUUCAUUUCUGGCUGGUACGAAGGGAUGAACAUCCCACCGAUAUUAUCAUGGAAUGCGGCAGGAGCCACGCCGAACGUGGUUUGGAAUGUGCCGCAGGCAUCCAGUCCCGCUGGUGCUCGUCAGUCCGACAGCAUCGGCCCUACCGAGUGCAACUCCAGCUACGACCACCGGAACUUCGCCGGCCG